AUGGGUUCGGUCGCCGCGGUGCUGUUGGGUCUUGGGCUGGUGGUAGUCUGCAGUGCGGUCUUUGGCCAGGGGUACUCGAGAGGAGAGGAUGUCGAAGAGUCCUUCUUCAAGGACACAAGGAUGGCUCUACCCAAUACAGAACGUCUAAAUGAACAAAUCUAUCAGUCUGACAGCUGGUUAAGAGCAUCAAGUCUUGCAGUUCAAACAGGUCGAGGUAGCAAGCCGCACAAGCACAGCCGCAUGCCGUCGCUGAGGGUCGGCCUCAAGGUGCUCCUGCUGGCGGUGGUGGUACCCGCCCUCCUCGCCGUCGUCCUCUACGCUGCUUGGAAGGGGGUCACCCUCGCUCUCCUCUCUCUCAUAAUAUCCACCAUCAUCGGCCUCAAGAACCUCUUCAGUGGCCACCACCAUAAGCACCAGCAAGACGACAUCACUUACACUCACAACGUGAUCGUGGCUAAGAACCCUGCCUUCCAAGACCACCUCUGGAAACGGGACAUGCCCGUCUUGGCUCAUGCUAUAGAGAGCAACAGUCCCUACAGAGUAGUUCCUGCAACUGGAUUGUCUUCCACUGUGUGA